AUGCCGCGCUCUCGCCGCGACUCGAGCGAUGAGGACGAGGAUCGCGAGGCCGGCCGGCGCGGAGGGGCCCGUGCCCGCCGCGCAGCGCUCAGGCAGCACACGGCGGUGGCAGACGGCCUGCAUGGUCGCCGCGCCGCGGCCGCGUACCCUCCCGCGGAGCUCGACUCCUCGCGCAACGCCGUCUUCGGAGCCCACUCGACGUCCUCCGGCGGGCAGGCGGUCACGUUCGGCACCCCCCGGCACAGCACGGGCCACGGCACGACGCCUCUGCCACAGGAACGGGCCCAGGGGGCGUCGUUCCCGCGGAGCUUCGCGCUGGCCGCGGACGGCGGCGGAGCCACCGCGCGCAAGGCCCGCGUCUCGCGCGCCGCGUCCUCCACCGCAACCGACCUGGGCGAGUUCUGUCGCGGCCUUCUAGUCAAGGUGUAUCGCGGCGGCACGUCCGAGCUGUGGCACCCGCCCGGCGCCGCGCGGACGACGCUGCGCAGUCUCCUGGCGGCAGGCCACUUCCGCGGCAACCUCCACGCGGCGCUCGCGGUCUUCUACGCCACGGCGCACCUCGCGGCGGCGACGCUGACGGAGCCCGUCCCCACCGCGGCGCGGCUGGCGGUGACGGCCGACGGCGCGGUCGUGCGCGCGGAGGAGGACGGCGCGGCGGGUGCGAGGCAGGGCGGCAAGGCGCCCUCCGGCGCCCGCCAGCAGGAGACCCACACUUUGGUGCCGGAGGACCCCAGCAGCGGCCCCGCGCAGACGACGCACGCCGCGCCGGACGCGGACCAGCGGUGCGUGGCGACGCGCUCCGCGCGCGAGGAGGAGCGGCGGUGGUACCGCAACCCGAAGGCUGGGCCGUCUCCGGAGGCGGCGGAGGCGGCGGCGGUGUACGCGCUGGGCGUGCUGCUGUUCGACCUGCUGUGGCACUGCCACGGCGGGCUGACGUCGGCGUACGAGAGCGACAUGGACUGCGUGCAGGACCGUCUGCCGCCGCCGGAGCUCCUGGCGAUGUUCCCGCGCGAGGUGGCGCUGGUGCUGCACGCCACGCUGCCGGACACGACGCGGCGGAUCGGUCUCGCGGAGCUGCUGGCGAACAAGAUCGUCACGGACCCGCUGCGCGCGCUGCAGGACGGCGGGAUCCGCCAGGACGCCGAGGAGAGCGCGGAGGGUUGCAGGCGGUUGGGGUUGGCGCUGGAGCUGCUGCACCGGGAGCGGUCGCACAUGAAGGGGCACCUCGAGAUGCAGGUGCGGGACAUCGAGAGGGACGCGGAGGCGGUGCAGGCCAUGAUGGCGGAGCUGCACAUCCGCCACGGGGGCACCAGCCUGAUGCUGGUGCCGUCGUCGAAGCGCCGCCGCACGACGGGGGGCUGGUCCGACGCGACGGGCCUCGGCGAGGACGACGAGGAGGAGGACAUCGACGCGGAGGCGCAGGAGCGGGCCGAGCGCGUCACGGAGCGCCUCGGGGAGGUCGAGUUCGCGUACCAGAGCUACGUGGGUGGCGCCCGCAACCUGCGCGCGCCUCCGGACAGCGUCGACGCCGAGGGGGACAGCCGGCGCUCGGCGGCAACGGCGGCUGCGGCGGGGAACCGCCACGACGGCCAGGCGGGGGCGUCGGGGCACGGAGGGGCCUUGCGGCGCGGUGGCGCGCUGCAGCUGCGGCGGCUGGCGCCGCGGCAGACGCGGCUGCUGGGGUUCGGCGACGGGCUGAUGCACUUCACGAGGCACCGCGGGCUCGGCGUGCGCACGGCGGUGCGGCACGGCGACCUGCUGGACUUGUACGACAUGGUGUGUUCCAUCGCCCUGGACCGGGACGAGGAGUUCUUCGCGGCGGCGGGCGUGUCGAAGCGGAUCAAGGUGUUCGACUGCGGCUCCGUGCUGGGGCGCGUGGGGCAGAUCCAGUACCCCGUGGUGGAGAUUGCCAGCCGAUCCAAGCUGGCCAGUCUGUGCUUCAACCCGUACCUCAAGAGCCACCUGGCGUGCGGGGACCACGAGGGGAGCGUGAUGAUCCACGACGUCACCAGCGGCCGCGAGGUCCUGCGCCUCGAGGAACACGAAAAGCGCAUCUGGUCCGUCGAGUUCAGUCCGACCGACCCCACGCGGCUGGCCUCGUGCUCGGACGACGGCACCGUGCGCCUGUGGUCCAUCCAGGCCGAGCGCCCGAUGUCGACCAUCCGCCUCGGCGUCUCCGUCUGCUCGGUCGCGUACUCCCCGGAGUCGUGCCACAAGCUCGCCGUCGGCGUGGCCAACAGGGAGGCGCGCAUCUACGACCUGCGCAACACCAGCCAACCCCUUGCCAUCAUGACCGGGCACAAGAAAGCCGUGUCGUACGUGCGCUUCAUGGGGGCCUCCCGCCUCGUCACCGCAUCCACGGACUCCACGCUCGCCAUCUGGGACUCCGCGCCGUACUCCGGCACGAGCCUCCCGCCGGUGACCGCGGAGGACGUGCAGGGCGGCGAGGGCAUGGCCGCGGCGAGCAUGUCGCACAUGUCGCAGCGCAUCCCGGCGCUCAUGUCGUACCGCGGGCACCAGAACACGAAGAACUUCGUCGGCCUCGCGGUGUCGCCCGACGGCCACAUCUUCACGGGCAGCGAGGACAACGCCGUGUACGCCUACCACCGCUCGAUGCCCGCGCCGAUGUGCUCCGCGUCCAUGGUCGGGCUCGAGGGGCCAGACAACUCGCAGGCCGCGGCGACGGGAGCGCGCGGGCGGCAGGAGUCGUUCGUGUCGAGCCUGUGCUGGAGCGAGGUGCACCAGGUGCUGUUUGCUGCCAACAGCCUCGGGUUCAUGGCUGGGCUGCAACUCAAGUAG